AUGCACCACUUAAGGACAUCGAAUGAUACUCGUCCUGUUAUAUAUCUGGAUGAAACGUGGGUUAACAAGAANCACACAAGACAAUUUAUAUGGCAGGAUUCAGAAAAUUCUGGUGGNAUGAAAGUGCCUAUUGGAAAAGGAGAACGCCUCAUCGUUUGUCACGCGGGAUCCGCUCAACACAAAUUUAUACAACACGCGAAAUUGGUGUUUCAAUCAAAAUCAACAGAAGAUUAUCACCAGGAAAUGAAUGCAGAAGUGUUCCACGAUUGGUUUAUAAAUCUUUUACAAGGCCUAGAAGAAGGUNGUAUUAUUGUUAUGGAUAAUGCUGUAUAUCAUUCAACACUCAAGGAAAGAGCACCAACAACGGCCAGCAGAAAAGCAGAAAUAAUAACCUGGUUACGGAACAAAAAUAUCUCGUUUGAAGAAAGCUGGACAAAAUCCGAAUUAUUAAAUAUUGUAAGACAGCAUAAGUCAGCGCAUAAAGNAUAUGUGCUCGAUGAACUUGCUUUGCAAAUGGACCACGAAGUAAUCAGGCUUCCGCCUUAUCAUUGCCAGUACAACCCCAUUGAAUUAAUUUGGGCUCAAGUGAAAGGGUAUGUAGCUGAGCAUAAUACAACAUUUACAAUGACGGAAGUAAGGAGAUUACUCGAAGAGGGAAUCAGCAGAGUCACUGUGGACGAUUGGAAAAAAUGUGCAGAAAAAACCGAUCGUAUACAAGAAGAGGAUUUUAAAAAAGAAAUGAGAAAAGACGAAGAAAUCAACGAAUUACUAGAAUUUGCCGAAGACAGUUCUAGCACUUCGGACUCUUCCAGUAAUGAAGAUGUUUAA